AUGCCCUUUCUUGUUUUAAAAUGGUUUUUUUUCUUGUUGUUGUUGCUGUAUAUAUUUUUGGCCUUACUCUUUAGCCAAGUUUCACCUCUUGUCUUGUGCGCUAUGUGUUUUCUUGUUUUCGUCACUUGUGUGAGUUGUUAAUUUGAGGUGGAUCACUUUACACCUCAGCCCCCAUAAUAUUGUCCAAAUGUCACUAAAAUCCUUGUUUCCCCUUUUGAGACAUUUUUAUUUUUUUCUUACAUGUAGAGUGUGAAGUGGAUAGAAAUGUGUGAAAGAAGUUGGUCAAAUACAGAACUUGUUAAAACUUUGUAUUAUUACAUAGACAUUAAAGACUGUACCUCCUCAACACCAAUACUUAAAGUAGGACUUCGUGAGCCACUUAACACAGCUUGCUGUUGACACAGUAAGAUGGCAAGGCUGUGGCAUUUCAUGCUCCUGUGCUGGGCAUGGAGUCCUCUGUGUCAGCCAUCCAGUUUGCGCUUCAUUGGUACCCCACAGGAGUGUGAAAAGGCUCACUUUGUCCCUGGUUACAAUCUGGGUGGAGAAGGCCUUGACAUCGUCACAAUGGAGCGGAAAGGUGCCUAUGUCAUCGACACUGAAACAUGGAAUCUUGGUAAUAACACUUGCCGGCUCUACAAAAACAGCUACAUGAAGGGUGACAAGCAGAAGAUCCCAGUUUCUGUGGUGGACUGGAGACCCCUCCCAAAGUGCAAUUUAAAGGUCUCCAGUACAGUCUAUGAUUCUGUCGAAACGCUUGUUAAUGACUCCACAUCAUCGGUGUCCAAUGAUUGGAAAAUUGGCCUUGAAAUCCCUGUAGACCCUUCUGUCACUGUUGGCGUUGGCUUAGGAGGUUCCCACUCCAAAGACGCUACUUUUGGCAUGCAAAAGUCAAAACAAGACCGCUACACCUUCUUUCGCCAUUCUGUCUUCUGUAGCUUCUACCGCUACAGACUGGCAACAAACCCUCCACUGAGUCAUGAGUUUGAAUCAGCAGUGAACUCUCUUCCUUCGUAUUCAAGUAAAACAGCGCUCUCAUAUCGCAAUCUGAUCGACACAUAUGGUACACAUUACAUCACACAAGUGUCUCUGGGAGGAGAAAUAAAAGCAAUCACUUCUGUCAGGACCUGUGAGGCAACCAUGAGUGGACUGUCUGCAACAGAAGUCAGUGACUGUUUGUCUGUCGAGGCCUCUGCUAGCUUUGCAAAAACAGCCAGCAUUAAUGCCAUGUACGAACACUGUCAGGCAAAGAAGAAGAAGUUAAACUCUCACCAAAGUUUCAGCAGCACAUUUAAUGAGCGUAUUACAGAGGUCACUGGUGGAAACAUCAACGGCGCUGAUAUUCUUUUUGAAGCACAAUCAAACCCCUCCAUCUAUUACAGCUGGCUCGAGUCACUGAAGAACACACCUGAUGUGGUCCGAUACAACUUAAAGCCCAUCCACAUGAUUCUGCCAAGUGGUCAUCCUGCCAGGGCCGGACUGAAGCAAGAGGUGGAGAAGUACAUCAUGAAAAAUGCGGUGUUGAAAAAAUGCUCAGAAACCUGUAAGAUUGGACACAGAUCCAGCAAAAGGGAUCCUUGUGCUUGUGUUUGUGACGGUUCUCAGAAUAUCAAGUCAAACUGUUGUCCUGCUGGGAAAGGUCUUGCAACGUUAAAGGUCUUUAAGCUCUAUGCACAGGGUCUGUAUGGUGACAAGUGGACUCAGACAGAUGGUUCAGUUGAGGUCAGAUAUGGUGAUCAGAUAAAGCGCACUGUUAUCAUAAGUAACAAUGACAAUCCUAGAUGGCGGGAGGUAUUUGAAUUUGGGCCUAUAACCAUCAACAUGAAAAACAAACUUACGUUCAGGGUUUAUGAUGAGGAUACUUACUGGAACAGUGAUCUACUUGGCAAGUGUUCAUUUGAUCUGCGUAGUGGGAAGGUGACAGACAGCUGCAUGUUAAAUCAUGGAACCUUCUUCUUUUCGUACAUAGUCGAGUGUGCACCAAGUCUCAGUGGUGACCAAUGUCAGGAGUACAUACCAUCCCCCAUGAGUCCCUCUCUGGCCAAGAUCUUCUAUACCAGAAAUGGUGUCCUUGUUGGAGAGGUGGAGAAGCAGUAUGAUAAAUCAAUCAGUCAGUCAGGUGAAGGUGAGCUGUUGAAAUGAGAUGGCAUGGUGAAAGAAUAAGGAUUUGAUUUGAAGAUAAUCUCACAUGUAGUUAAUAGCAUCUUUUGCACUGUUGCUCUCAUCUUUCUUUGUUUUUUCUGUUUGCAGAAAAUAAUUACAUAUGUUGUCAAUUUCUCAAAUUGAAUCCAAAAUGUUUUGUGAGAAAUUGUGUUUGAUACUCUCCCUUUUCUUCUGCUUCUUUCUUGUUAGUUAAUCUGCCAAUAAAGCAUCAACAAAGACAA